AUACUUUUCUUCUUCUUCUUAUUUUUUCUUUCUUUUUACUAGACAAUGGACACAUUAAUCAGCGUAUAUCCUAUCCACCCACUCUAUAAAGAAGUAUGCCAACGCCAUGCUAAAGAAUUAGCACUGAUGUAUUUGAAAGCAGGUGGAGUGGCAACACCUGAAUCUGAAUAUCAGGCCAUUACAGAGGUCCGUGUAGCUGCUGAUGAAUUUGCACAGAAACAUCCUGUCCCUGAAACAUGUCGUACUCAGCAACAGGUCGUGGGAGGUCCCAAAAAUACAAAAGUCAACACAACCAUCUUUCGACCCCUCCAAUCUCAGGACAAGAUCCUACCCGUUAUCUUAUACUGCCAUGGUGGGGGUUGGGUACUCGGUAGUGCAAUUACACACGCAAAGUUAGCGACAGAUUUAUGUAUUCGGUCUGGAGCAGCCGUGAUGUUGGUAGAAUACAGUCAUAGUCCUGAAUUUAAAUUUCCUGUAGCCAAUGAACAAACCUAUGGUGCAUUAUGUUGGCUGCGUGAACAUGGUUCAUCCAUCCACAUAGAUCCUGAACAAAUUGUGAUUGCUGGCGAUUCCGCGGGCGGAAACAUGGCAACCGUAGUAUCUAUGAUGGCAAAGGAUCGUGGUAUGAAGGAUGCCAUCAAGGCGCAAAUUUUAAUGUAUCCUGCGGUUGCAGCUGAUACUGAAAUUUAUCCUUCCUACAAGCUCUAUGGUAAUGGAGAUUGUUAUCUAUCAACCAAAGAAGCCGAGCUUUGUGCCUCUGCCUAUAUCCCAACCUCAUUACAGGGAAAACUGGAUAACAUCUAUAUCACGCCCGUGUUGGCUACACCGGAACAGCUGGUAGGAUUACCACCUGCCUUGAUUUUGACGUGUGAAUGUGAUAUUCUUCGUGAUGAGGGUGAGGCCUAUGCAGCUAAGCUGACAAGUGCGGGUGUAUAUACAGUGGGUAUGCGAGUAUUAGGAACCAUCCAUUCAUUUAUGAGCAUGGCUAUACCAGAGACACCUCAAUAUCGUACCAGUCUUACCAUGAUUGUUGAUUUUAUGAAGGACCACCUCACCCAAAAAUAAACAAGUCAUUUGAUUGGCCUGCCAAUUUUUUUUUUAUUUUUUUUUUUCCUACAAAACAAAAUUUUUUUUUUCGUGGAGUCUGGUCUUGUUGCCCUU